AUGGAGUGCCAUUAUGUUCCCCUUGAUGCCUUUGAUGCAAAUUCUCCCCGGGUCUUACCAGUCCCAGCCGGCUUCCCCGUCAUGAGGAUCGUCUUGGACAGCGACAGCGGCAGCGGCAGUUCUCUACCUUCCGAGCCACAACGCCCGCCGGAAAGCCUGACUCUCCCUUCAAAGUUUUCUCUGACCGACAACGAAAACCUGGUCGUCUUGGGCAAACCUAUAAAGAUGGAGAACGACAAGAUCACGCGCGCCGCUGAGGCGUUCACUUCGGCGACAAAACUUAACGAGGCCGGCAAGUCCGGCGACGACCGCGAGGUCGUCAACACGACCACUACCGCCGGCAACCCCGCCAACCCCGCCAGCAAAAAGAACAAGAAGAAGUCGGCCAAACAGGCAGCUUCUUCUUCAGCGGUCGGCGAAAGCGCCACUACGGUCAAGUCGGAAGACGGGGCAAAGAGUCCUGCGGCGGUCACCCGCGAGAUGUGGUCCCAAAUGCGGGCGCUGCUGGAAGGUAGCGAUGAUUCGGCCAACAGCACGGCAAAUCGCGCCCUUUUCAAAGAGAUGUUCGCCCGGGCUUCCGAACAUGCGGCGCACAGCGCAAAGGCUGGCGCCCGCCCCGGACCCGUCUGCGGGAAUCCGGUCUGUGGCGCAUUCGGCCACACCCUUGCGGUUUGUCCCGUCCCCACCAGCGAGGAGGGCGACAUGGCUGGUUGCUUCUUUUGUAACGUGGUGAACCACGAUGCAGACGAUUGUCCGAUGAUGGAGUGGGUUUCGCCAGCCACGCUGGUCACCCACCUCAUCACGAACCGCGCCGGGAUGCCGCCUUGGGACACGCGGGUUGAUUGGGUGGCCCUCGCCAUCGGGGAGUGGGACUUGUUGUGCUUCACACAACUGCCCCUCACCCGUGCAUUCGUCAGGGAGGAGUACAUACCCGGAAAGCGCUGGACGGAAGUGAAGGGCGUCUCUCCCAUCACCGACCCCCUUUUCGAGGACGCCGACCACAAGUUACUCAAGUCCCUCGCCAGGCCCAAGCGCGACGACACCAAAUGUAGCUGCCCGCUCAUGGAGGCAUCCCGAACUCUCUGCUACUGCGAGAACGGCUGCCUCGACGGCCUCGAACAUACCGUCUUCAAGAACAAGCUCAUCCGCAAGUAUAUCGCCGAGGUGAAACUCGAGUACAAGGUCACGGGCGGAACGUUGGCCGACCGCGAGCGCCAUCUUGCCGUGAGUCAGGCUCAGAUGGCCAAGAGGAUGCCCAAGAAAGUGACCAAAGAGCGCAAGGGCCGACGCGCCAUGAAGAAGGACGCCAUGGCCGCCGCCGCUGCCGAGGAGGAGCUUGCCAACCCCAGCGAAACGAAGAACGUCCCGGCCGAGAAAAAUGACCAGGUCGAGAAGGAAGAUGAUCCCCCUUCGGACGAGAAAAACCAAACAGACCUCUCCCAGCGGUUCAUUGAACUUGCCGACGCGGUCACCGGUGUUAUCAACAACCUUGAGAAAGGGAUUAAGGCAUGCCACAGCGCUCCUCUCCAAGCCUGA